GAAAACAGCCUGGCGGCGGGUAGCUUGCGAGGAGGCCCGCUGGUCAAAGGAAGGCGGGGCGGGGCUCGCAUUUGGAGUCGCCGCUUGGCCCAGAGUGUUCCAGGCGGGUCGGGAUGGGGUUGUGUCUUCCCUGCCUGGGGGGAGCUGCCGACCAAGUAGUGGAGACGCCGGACCCAGAAAUUAGAAGGCAGCAACUUGCAGAAGCAGCAGAAAAAAGACAAAUGGAGGCUGCGUCUCGUGGUAUUAAGAAUCUCUCUUCUGUGGAACAAAAAAAACGAAAACAAGAAGAAAUGGAGAAACGUCUUGAAUCUGGAAGCCACGAACCAGAAAGAGGCAAUCUAAGGUGGCAGGUUGGAUAAAAUACUGAACUGCUUCAGAAUGAAGAAGGGUGAAGCUUUGUCCUGCCAAUAACUUGCCAGUUGCUGCAGAUGAAUUAAACUUGUUAAUUGUUUGACGUUUAAUUGAAGAUGCAGCAGUAUUUUGCCAUUGUAGCUGGGUAGCUGACAUACGUGCACUAAGGAUGAAACAACACUUCACAAUACCCAGCAAAGGUGCCCCAAACCAAUCACUUCCUGUUUGUGUUGCCAUAGUGUAUAACGUUGCAUGUCUAAAUGUACUGGAGGGGUGAAUUAUGGGAGUUACUUAUGUAAACAGAUGCCAUUUUCAUUCCUUUGUGAUCAUGGGGAACAAUUCGGUUUUCUAAAGUGCCCUUUGUUAAACUUGUUUCCAUCUCACCCCAUGUUAUACUUGUGUGAUUCAGUUCAAUCUAGUCCACAAUCCUUGAAUCCCUCACAAUGGAUUAAAUGACUGAAACAAACAGGCUUGUUUUAAGAGUAAGAAAUUUAGAAUCAAAGCUUUAGUGCCUUCUGCUGGUUACACAUUUAACUGCUGCAUUGCCAUGAGGUGAAAAAUCCCUAUCCUUGUGUCUUAAGUUUACACGUUAUGCCUAUGUGUAGGGUUUACAAAAAUACAGGCCGAAAUACUGGACUCUAUUUUUU